AUGGAGCUCAGCGACGACGGCGCUCGCUCCCAAGCCAAGCGUCCUCUUGCUGAUUGUUCUGCUGGCGCCGGAAGCGAAGCCUCGUCUCCUACUCAGGCACAGGGGCUGCCGAAGCUCGUCUCCAGGCGCGGCAUGCUGAACUCCCUCUCGGACCACUCGAGGAGCAGGCACUCGGCCGCCCGGGCGAGGCGCCUCUUCGUGCGGGACGCCCAGAUCAGCAUUCUAGUCGGAGUUUGGACCGUGAUCCUGUCGUUGCCCGUGAUCGUCUGGCCCAUCGCGACUGCCCUCUGGGACAGGGGGUGCAAGGACUUAUGGGCCCACGACUGCGUCAACACGAAGUAUUGCUUGUGGAAGAGAGACGGGUUGUCACCGUUUGGCACCUGCCUGAGCAGGGGACGAGGGUAUUUGACAAUGUGGGGAAGCAUGGUCAUGCAGUUUGUUUUCUCUGUCUAUAUUGACUACGGCAGCUCUGCGAAGUUCACACUGCAAGGCGCAUUUGGCACAUUCCUCGCCUUCGCCAAUAUUGAAUUCUUGAACACUGUUCUCGGGUCCUGGCUCGGCGGCGGAGCUUACCGAGACCAAUUCUGCACCUAUAACGGUAAGCGAAUCGACUGUGAGCAUAUGUUCAUACCUAUUCUGGAAGACAGCCGGAAUAUGACUGUGAACUCAUUAUGGUUGCCCUUAUGCCACGACGCAUUCCAGGUUUACGCCGGCACAGGCGACGUCUGUUGGCUCAAUGUCUGGUGGAGCAUGAUGGACUUCCACGGAACGAUGAAACUGCUUUUCGUUAUGUUUGAUUUCAUACUCUUUGUCGUGUUCGUAUUGGUUAUUGGCACGGAUACCAACACUCGCAUGUUCGCGCUGAGCACUCACGUUUACUUCAUGAUGGCGUUCCUCAAUCCCACGGCGGACGACUUCCACAAGUUCCCCUCGACCGCGUUCAACUACGCGGGCAUGAUCGCGGUCGCUUGCGUCUUCGCGGGCCUGUGCUUCCACAUCCCCAAGCGGCGUUUCACGGCCCUGGCGGCGGCCGAGGGGCUGUGCCAGGACGUCGCUGAGAGCACCGCCGUACUGCUGUCCUCGGUGCACGGCGGCACCGGAGAGCUGAUGCGGCAGAAGGUGCGGGCCGCCCUGGCGGAGACGCAGGCGACCCUCCGGGAGCUCGACGAGGCCCUCUCGUCCGCGUGGUUCGAGGACUUCGGCAGGGGGCGCACUGCGCGCAGGCGGCGGAGGAUCCGCUGCUUCGCCGACUGCCUGCGGCACUGCCUCAGCCGCGUCCCCGCCGUCCAGCAGGCUGGGGCGGCCCUCUCCGCGCAGGACGCCGAGGUCGUGGAGGCGCGCGUCGCCUCCCUGCCGGCCGCCUGCGCGGCCGCGCGGGACCUGCUGGCCGCGGCCGCGGAGGACGCGCUGCAGCGCGGCGCCUCUGGCGCGGCCGGCGCGGAGGCCGAUCCCCUCGCCGCGCCGCUGGCCCAGGCGCAGCGCUGCCUCGGGGCCGCCGGCCGCGAGCUGGAGGCGCUGCGGGCCGGGGGCGGUGCGCCCGCGGGCGGCUCCGCGGCGGGGGCACGGCAGCUCUCGGAGCAGGUCUCGGCCUUCCUCUUCAUCGUGUCCGGGAUCGUUGCGGACACCCUCGAGGCGGUCAAGGACGCCCCGUGGCGAGACGCAGCCCGGCGGGAGUCCGACCACGGCUGCUCCCGGACCCUCCAGAUUCUUCGGACUGUGCGGAGCCACUUCGGCGUCGCCCGCGGGGGAGGCUUCUCCGUGCAGCAUCCGCGGUUCGUUCUGCGCACCACGCUGUCCCUCUUCAUCGGGUUCGUUGUGGGGUGGCGCGGCAUUUGGAACGUCCUCCCGGCGUACUCGUACUACCCCGCUAACACGAUAGCGGUGAUCGCCUACACCUACACGGGCUCAAACAUGCCAGUCACGAUCCGCAGGGUGUCUGGCGUGGUACUCGGCAAGGUUAUUGGUACGUCCUUGCAGCUGUACUUCGCAGUCGAGGAGGUUGGAAAGGCAUCUGGUUUUGCAAUAUGUAUGUUUUCUGUUGUCGUCGUGAAUUUCUUCUUGUAUUUGCAUGCGGACAAAGGCAUCGGCUACGUGUGCUGUCUUACAGCAGCCUUCGCCGCGAGCAGCAUGAUCCCUGCCAAUGGCAUGUUCAGGCCAGAUGAAAAGCCGAACUUCGCAGAGCUGACCCCAGGCCUCCUCACAACCAUCAUCUCGACCGUGAUCGGGGUCUCCGUCCUUACCGUCGUGGACCUGGCCCUCGGCUCCAGCGCCGCCGGCGAGGCGCGCAAGCGGCUGGAGCGCGUGCUGAGGCGCGCGAGGGGCUUCUUGGCCAGCAUCGGCACGGAGGGCGAGGGUGCGCAGAGCGCGCGCUUCUGGGAGGAGGUCGAGGCCCUCUGCGAGGUCGUGCCGUUCGCCGACGCCGAGCCGACGUUCUGGCGCGAGCCGUUCCAGGCGGAGCUGUACGCCGCGCUGGGGCAGCACCUGCGGGAGCUCGGCUCGCACCUGGCCGUGCUGUCCUGGGCGGCGAGGUGCUCCGGAGGACGAGGCCGCAGCGCUGGGGGUCGCCACGCGGGAGGGAACCUGGGCGCGGCCACGGCCGCCGCAGAGGGCGACUCCGUCGGCGAGGACGCGGGGGCGGCGGCGAAGGGCGGAGCGGCCCCUGUCGUCGCUGAGCCCAUGGGCGGCUUCGCUCCUCAGGACGAGAACGCCGCCCCUGGCAACGUGCAGGCGGUCGGCCACGACCCCGCCGACGCGGCGAAGAAGCCAGGAGCUCUGGCUCAGCGCGGAGGGGGCUCUGGGAGGCUGGCGCCCAGCGGCGCGGAGCUCGAGCGCACGUACUUCGAGGCGAGGCAGCGCGAGCGCCGGCUGGCGAACGAGCGCUCCUGCCACAGGGCGAUCCACCACCCCGACGUCGUGCCGGGCACGCCGCGGCUCCACCGCCCGCGCUGCCCCAGCGCGCGCUCCGACGCCGCCUCCGACGCCGGCUCGGGCUGCGAGGAGGGCGCGCGCCGCCGCGAUCGCUCGGCGCAGCCGCGCGGGCGCCAGUGGCGGCCGGAGCUGACGACGCCCGAGGGCCCCCACCUCCGCACCGCGCUGCGCCAGCGCAGCAGCUCGCGGCGGGGCGCGGCGGGCGCGGACGCGCUGGUGUCCGUGAGCGUCGGGAGCUGGAGCGGGUCCCUGCGCGGGGGCUCGCGCGCCUCCUCGCGCCGCGCGCGCUCGGGCUCGCGGGCCGGGUCCGCGUCGGCGUCGCCGGCGCGCUCCGAGGUGUCCUGCAGCUCGGCGCGCUCCUGGCGCCCCAACAUGAGCGCACCCUCCCUGCCGGCGCGCGGGGAGGCAGUCAUGUCGACUCCGAGGGGGCACCGCUGCUCGCGCCGCGGGCGCGCCACGCCCUCGCCGGCGCGCUCCGACGCCACAGCGUCGGACAUGAGCCUCGCUGGCGGAACGGCGUCGGACAUGAGCAUGGCAUCCAGGAUGUCCCGGCUGUCGCAGCGCUCCCAGCGGCACCUCAGCAGCGAGGAGAUCGAGCUCGCGCAGGCCGACGCCAAGCGGCGCGAGGUGCAGCGCCUCAUGCGGCUGAACGAGAAGGCCUACAAGGAGGCCAUAAGGUGCCCCGACGUCCACCACAGGCACCACUCUCUGUCGGCCACGGUGCCGGAGGAGUUCGAGUUCAGCACCCGGCGGUCCUCACGGAGCAAGGGCGCCUUCCGCGGCUUCGCGGAGGAGUCCUCGGAGGCUGGCCCCUGGGAGCGGUCGCUCCGCGGCGGGGCGGCGGCGGCCGAGUGGCGGCCGCAGCUGACGGUGCCCGAGGGCCCAGAGCUGCACACCGCGGGCCGCUCCCGCAGCCUGUCGUCCGUGCGCUCCGAGCGGGGUGCGGCGGGCCGCUCGCUGUCGCGCGGGCGCACGCCGCGCGAGGACGGGGCGCUGCGGGAGCACCUGCGGCGCGCGGAGGCGGCGCAGGAGAAAGCUGCAGCCGUGCGGCCGGCGCCAGGUCCAGAGCCCCCGCGCGGUCCCGCCGAGUCGCGCGCGGAGCGCGCAAGGGCAACGGCUGUGGCGCAGCAGGACGCGAUCGCCUCUGCACGCCAGCGCCUGUGCGUCUUCUGA